CCAAUGGGCUUGCCAUCACUAAUUUUUACACGUCGUUGAUUUGUGUGGACUGCUAAGAAAAUGGUCGUCCAAGAGGAUAAUCCGAAUACUGGAGACGUUCAGGAGAAGACGGAGAGUGCUCCGGUGGCAGCAGAGCCGCCCAAGAUCUUUACGGUUGAGAUUCUGCACCAGAUUAAGGAUGCCCAGCAGCAGCACGGCCUACGUCACGGCGAUUUCCAGAGGUACCGCGGAUACUGCACCCGCCGCAUCCGUCGAUUGAGGAAAGCCCUGAAAUAUCCCCAAGGCGACAAGCGGCACUUCAAGAGACGCGAUGUUACCAUUGGCCAGUUGACCGGCAAGAAGGCGGACGAGCGUUUCAUCCACAUCCCAUUGAUUAGCGCCGAACGGGCCUGGGCGUAUGCCAUGCAGCUCAAGCAGGAGUCCAAUACGGAGCCGCGAAAGCGUUUCCAUCUGGUCAACAAGCUGCGCAGGGCCUGCUUUUAUGCCCUUCAACUCCAGGAGUUGUGUAAUACGGAGGCUUUCGAUGCGCGCACUAAACUAGAGUGCGAGGCCUAUGUUGCUUGGAUGCACGGAACCUUGCAUUUUGAGUUGCAGCUAUGGAAAACCGCUGGCGAGCACCUAAAGCGCGCCCAGGUGGUGUACGAAAACUUGGGCAAGGCACUGCCCGAAGAUGAGCAGGAGCUUUACCGCGCCAAGGUUAAUGAAUUUACGCCCAAUCUGCGCUAUUGCGCAUACAACAUCAGCGGUGGUGCCAGUGGCGGCAAGAUCGACGAGAUCCUGGAGCUGCGCGCUCAGGGAGUGCUUGAGAAUCUUGAUGUACUGGUCAGCCAGACGAAGACGGAGAGCAGCGAGGGCCUGCAGACGAUCGACUGGCGCGGUCGCAAGGUCACCGUGCGUCCGGAGAAGGUGCGUUUGUUCCUGCUCAGUGCCCAGGAGUUGGACAAGUCGCUGGCCAAGACCACCAAGCAGGAUGCGAAGAUAGAAUUGAUUGAACGCAUUUUGAUGGACUGCAAGGAUGCCAUCCAAGCCGUUCGCGACGAAAUCAAGCAGGAUCCCAAGCUGCGUUCGUUAACCACAGGACAGACCGUAUCCGGCGUGCAAUAUCUUCUAGCGUAUUUAAGCUAUAUUCGCCAUAGCCGUACGCUACAGCGUAAUCUUUGCCUAGUGGAGCAGGCUAAGCUCAACUUCGAUGAUCCCAACCAGCAGUCCCAGCAAAAUGUGGGCGACGGAAAACGCGUCCGACCCCAGGAUUUGGCCCGUCUGUACGAGAUCAUCCUGCAGAACGUGACCGAAAUGCAGCAGAUUUCUGGCUUGGAGGACGACGCCAAGUACCAGAGCGAGGUGGAAAACCUGGCCAUCACCUUCAAGGCCUUCCGCUGCUACUACAUUGCGCUCACACUCAUUGACAUGAAGAAAUGGAAGGAAGCCGUGGCGUUGUACGAACGCGCAUCUAACUACGCCACCGAGGCGCUGAAAGGCAAGACAAGUCCGGAGUUUCAGCUGGAGGAGGAACUCAAAAAGGUCGUGUCCGCCAUUGACGGUUGCAAGUUCUCCGCCCAUGCAUACAGUGUGCUGGAGGAAGACAACAGCGAGGAGGCCGGAACCACCACCAAGUCGCAGAAGACCACAAAACCUUUGUAUGAGCGUUUGUCGCUCUACAAGGAGGAUCAGUCACUGCACACCAAGACACCCAACGUGUUCAAGCUCACCCCUGACAUGGAACCCAUACCCUGCAAACCGCUUUUCUUCGACCUGGCCAUGAACUACGUGGAGUUACCCUCGCUGGAGGACAAACUGGAAUCGCCCGGCAAGAAAGGACCAUCCAUUACCGGCUUUGUCAAGGGAUUCCUUGGAUGGGGCGGUGGCGGAAACAAGUGAAACUGAUACUAGCCACUACGACGCACUCUUCUGGAAUUCCACGCAUCCAUGUUGCACUUAUAAAGCCUUCAGAUCCAUGUCCACGAUGCGGUAUGUCCGUUGUCUUUUAUAAGUUAUUUGUUUUGGCUUUUACCCCCGCCAGAUUUGUUUUUUCUACGAAACUUUUGUAAGUUACAAAUUGAUCAACUAUUCGGUAAUAAAGGAACCUUUAAGAGAGAGCUAUAGUUUCUCGAGGGCAAA